UGUGAAUGAGAAGAAAUAGGUCCGAUUUCAAUGUGGACUUGGACCGUGGAUGCUGCAUGCUGUGAUUUGUUUACAAAACAAUUUGGAACUUUGUUUAUCUACCAUUUGCUACAGUUUGUCAGAACCGUUUCUACUACGAAAAUGUCUCAUCCACGUCAAUGAAACGAUACAACGAGUAGAAGUAUUAGAAAUUUUUUGGUACAACUCCAGCAGCUAUGGUCGAUCGGGCUUCCUUAACCUCCAUUGUAAGGAGAAAAGAGUUGGUGGUAACAUGUACCAUCUUGCUGUGUGUUGUGGAGUUGUCGUAUGGUUCUUACGGUCUUGUGUUGAGUAAUGGCACGAACCUUUUUCCAUACCCAAGCCCUAAGUUUAAUUUAAAUGCUGAGGUUGAUCCCGUUGCAAAUGCUGAUUCAAAUGUUGACCGAGUGAAAGAAGAAGUGACACCAAGUUCUAUUGAUGGCCUGCUGCUAGAAGAUGUAGCCCCCAGUUUAGCACAAUGUCUACGAGAUGUUUCCAACAAAGAACUUGGUAUUCCCGCGUUGCAAGAGAUCUAUGAUAAUUUACCAUUUGGUCUGUCUCGAAGUACUGACGAGAGAAGGGUGGAUACCAUUGCCUCAAGUAUAGACAAGAAACUGCAAGAAUACUUGAAUGUACUCUUAAAAACUAGGAGUGCUGUUGAGAAUGCCAUUCAUGAACGAGUUAUGGGUCCUACCCAGUUACCGUCAGCUGCUCAUCCCUGUUUUAUCAAUUCAGUUCGAGACGAGUAUUAUGAUGUAAGGUAUGCUCGGCCCUUAAGGAGGCUGGGUCAUCCUGGGCCUCGGCAUGGAUUCAACCUCACUAGUGUGUUUGUUCAGAAUACAAGAUCGGCACCAUCUAUGAAACUUCAAUAUCUAAUGGCAGGAACUGGGUUCUCAACCAGUGGUGAUCAUCUGCUACAAGACAUGCCUUGUAAUACUUUUGAUGAAACCCGUUUGAGGAGUAUUUUCUUGGCUACAACCUCUUCAGACACCAAGAGAGUCAUUAUCAUGAUAGAUUAUGGUCGAUCUGUAAGCGUCACACAAUUAGAAUUGGCAAAGAUCCUAGCUCGCAGCAUGAUUGAAACUUUGUCGCACCACGAUCAUGUUGGAUUGAUAGGUGUGGCAGAGGAGGCACUGCUCCCAAUGGACAAUGGCUGCUCUCAGCACUCGUUGCCUCUGGCAACUCAUGAGACAAAAUAUCACUUUCUGAAGUAUAUUGAAGGAUUAUCCAAGUCUCUGGGAGCAACAAACCAUUCACUCGGAUUUCAGAAUGUCUUUGAAAUCAUAUCCAACUCGGUACCUUCAAAUGUUACUGCUCCUAUUUUGGUAGUGUAUCUGAGUAGGGGCCUUUUAUCCUCUUUGACUGAUGCCAAGACAGUCCUGCAGACAAUAGCUCAAGGAAGAGAAGCUACACCCCAUGACAUAGUCAUUAACACGUGUGCAUUAAUUGAUGAUGGGAAGCCAUUGAUGUAUGAAAAACAUUUCCUGCAAGACGUUGCAAAGCAAAAUUUUAGCAAGUAUAAUAUUUCAAUCCCAGAAGCCAGAAAAGUAACUCCCGGAGUAUUAAUAUCUGCUAACACAUCAUCAAAUCUUGGCCCAAUAGUCGGACAGCUUUUCUCUGGCUUACCAGUUUCCGGCCAUAAAGCCUCCCCAUUGUUCUUUUUACCUGAUUUUGAUUCUGUCAGCAAAUCGAUGGUUCUAAGUGUUGCCCAGCCUUGUGAGGCAUCAGGUCACAUAGUUGGUGUUGUCGGCAUAGAUUUGUCUGUGAGUGAAAUUGUUGAAAAUGUCACUUAUUUUAACACCUAUGGAAAUUCCUAUGCGUUCUUCAUCAACAAAGAAGGCUACACCCUGAUGCAUCCUUCAUUGUCAAGGCCAACCUUUGCUUAUGAGCAACCUAUGGCAACAGACAUAAAAUACCUUGAAAAUAAGCCAGGAUUCGAUGAGGUGCGAGAGCACAUGAUACGUGAUAGUGCUGGAAGUACAAUUUUAACUUUCCAACAUUCCACUUUGGGGAAACCUUCUACUAGAGCUGUAUCGUACACCUGGAAACACCUUAAAGCUGGGCCCUAUAUAGCAGUUGUGGUGUCUGUUAUACAAGAACCUGGCCACCAGCCGUUAAGUCUCGAACCAGUGCCACUGCAUCAUGAUAUGAAUAUUGAGUACCAUCAAUCUCAGAUGCAAGACAAGUACUCAUAUUGUCGCUAUUUAAGACUUCCUGCUUCGUUUGAUGUAGGAUCUGUUUUCCUCUCAGCAUCAUGCUUCCAGUCACCUUUCAACUUUUUAGAUGGGCAGGAUGCCCAGUCUCCCUUGGCGAUUCAGAGUUAUAUGGCUUAUCUACAUGACCGUACAAGAGUUUUGGCUAACCCAGGCCUAAGACCCGGUGUGAGAGAUGACGUAGCUGCUGUGUCUGGUAUUGUGCAGCAUUGGAAGCAGCAACAGCUCAGAGGAAAAUUGAGAAAGUACACAGUUCGUCGGUAUGUUGCUACUCCAAGUGGAGUCCUGGUGUCCUUCCCCAGCUCGCCGACAGAAGAUACCUUCGAUCCCACCCGUCGCCAUUGGUACAAUCGUGCUCUGGAGUUCCCCGGGCGCGUGGUGUUGACCGCCCCCUAUCUGGACGUCGGCGGCUCGGGAUACAUCGUGACCCUGAGCCACACCAUUCACGAGGGUCGCCCCUCGGCAAUGCACAGUGACACGGACGCGGUCGUGGCUGUGGUUGGCGUCGACUUCAGUAUGGGCUUCUUGUACAAGCUCCUACUGGACACAAUGCCAUUUUGUGAAGAGAAAAACAUCAAGUGUUUCCUCAUGGAUGACAAGGGCUAUUUGAUAGCCCAUCCAAGUUUGACUGAAACCAGCGGCCGCCAGCCCCUGGAGCAGCAGCACAUUACGCACAAAGAGUCCCUACUAGCCCAUGACAUACUGAGCCAUAGAGGCUUUGUGACCAAAAGGGUUUGCAACAACUUUUCAGACCGCACUAUGCAGCGCUUUUAUCAGUUUAAUACCAGCGUCACUGGCAUCCUUACAAAUUUGGUUCACGGAGAGCACUGUGUUCAGUACCAGGUCAUUGCUCUGAAGGGAACUAAUGUGUUUCUGGGUGUUGUCAACCAAACCUGUGAUGUGACAACAGCCUUCUGUCCCUGUAGUACGGAGGACAGAAACUGCCUGAACUGUGCCCGAGUGGAGCAGACAGAAUGUGAGUGUCCGUGUGAAUGCCCUCUUGGCAUAAAUUACUGCACGGGAGACUUGCAAGCAGCAGAGGCCAGCAAUCCAAGCUGCUCCAAUUUUCCUGAAGUUCAACGUCCCGCUAUUUAUGUGCCGGAUUCAGUCAGAAGUCUUCCCAUUUGUCCAUCAGUAAAUGUCAAUUGUGAAUCAUUCCAGUCACACAGUGAAUGUCGUGGAGUGAUUGGGUGUGAAUGGUGCCAAAUCGGAAGUGACGGUGAAACACCUUUAGAGGUACCCUUUUGCACCCAGUUCCUCAAAUGCUUUAACGGUGUGCGAAAUGGUGGAACACCCUAUGGAGAAAGCUCUUUGAAUUUGAGAACUUCAGGAUCUGGUAUGACACCCAGCACCCCAGCCAUGGGACCGGUGGCUGGAGGAACCCUGGCGUUUUUCUUGGCUCUUGCCUGCGGCCUAAUGCUGUACUGUUAUAAGCAGCACCGGCAUCGCGCCCAAGCGCAUGGACUAGCACAUGCAUACCUCAGCUCUGGGCCUGAUACUGCAGUCCGCAUGUCUCAGCUGGACAAUGAGCUUGAUGAUAUUGACAUUCUUGACAGUGCUAUCCAAGGACAAAGCAGCCAGAUUCUGCACAUAGACGGAAUAGCUCCUAUUUCGCCCUAUCGGGUCAACACGGGAUAUAAAAGACCUGCUGGGGGAGACAGUGACCAUGGAUAUUCAACCAUGACACCUCAUGAUGAUUCUGAAACACUUGCUUCCGCGGAACCACUUAUUUUAGGUGCGUGUUCUCCGCCGAGGCGUUCAAUUUCACGUCUUACAUCUCAGUCUCCGACACCAGAUGCAAUAUCUGAAAGUCCACCACAAACAUCUUUAAUGUUAUCUCAUCAAGUAUUAGCGCCAGUCACUGUUCAUAUGGUUGAUAUUUAACCAAGUGUUAUUUUAUUUUGUUUUAGAGCUACUCCAAAAUAAUUUUGUUUUGAUUUUUAUCAAAAAAAUUAAUUUUGAUCUAAAGAAUUCUUCUGUCUGAGAAUUCUUGUUUAGUUGUGAUUGAUGUCCUUGCCUUUUAAGUCAUGACUUAGUAAUGUUUUGAAGUAGUGUAUUCUAGUAUUGUUGACCAUCCUUAAUCAUACACAAUGGAGAAUGCCAAUAGCAUCUUGUACCUGAAUAUUCUUUAUCAGUAAAUUUAAGAUAAAUCUGAGACUGAUUAGGACAUCUUGUCCUCAACACAGUAUUCUGAUCAGAGCGCCAUUUUAAUGCUUGCGGUACUGAUAAUAUUUUAAAAGUCGUUUAGAGGCCAGAUACUUAAACUGAGCCAAUUUCCCUCUUUUUUUAAUUGUAAUUAAAACAAUAAUUGAUGAUACUUUUUAAUGAGUUGAUCACAAUUUUUCCUAGUGGGCUUUGGCUUCUCACAUGCCAAAUUUGUCCCACAGUAAUUUUUAAAUGAACUUUCAGCCAUUUUAUGAAAUUUUACUUUGUUAUUUGUGUUCCUAUUGUACUGAUAAUUAGUAAUAGCAAUAAUGAUGAUCGUGGUUUCGUUUUUUGUACUAUGAUCUUCAUCAAUUCUCAAAUAAUUUUCCCUGACACAUUUUUGUUAUGUAGCACUGCCAUGUAAAAGAAAAAUCCAAUCUAGUUUGUCCAGAAAUGUACUUAAUUGAAUCCAUGAAAGAAACGAAUUAUUGUUUAAAAUAAUUAGUGCCAAAGCAUGGUUGUUGAAGCUGUUACUAUUUGAGGCAUUUGGAGUUGUGUUGUGGAUAUUUCUCACGGUCACCGUGCUCUAUCCAGUUCUACCAAAGUUCAAUUGUCUAAGGUCAUAAUAAUUUUAACUGUAAAUAUGUUUACAGUAAACUUUUUUCUGUUCCUUUAGAAUAUAAUAGUUAUUCUUGAGAUAAUUAACUUUGAUUAACUCCUGAACCAGGGGGCAGAAUAAAGUAAACAUAGGAUAAGUUA